GGGUGAGGCCGAGGAUUACAAACUGGCUGGGCCCUCCUCCUCCUCCUCUCAUGCCUCACAGCAUUGCAAGCCAGGCGAUGAAGGGCCCCCUCUUGCCCGUGAGCAGAGACAGGAGGAUCUCUGACUUGCCCAAGUGCUACACCCCCGAGGCCUGUCUCCAGCUCCGGGAGGACUUCCACGCCCAGGUGAGGGCUGCCUGUCAGCAGAAGAACCCUGGCACUGUUGGCCUGAAAAUCUCCAAAGUGGUUGUGGUGGGAGACCUCUGUGUUGGGAAAACAAGCCUUAUCCACAGGUUUUGUAAAGAUGCUUUUGACCGGGAUUAUAAGGCAACCAUUGGAGUUGAUUUUGAAAUUGAGCGUUUUGAGAUCGCUGGGGUGCCAUACAAUCUUCAGAUAUGGGACACAGCCGGCCAGGAGAAGUUCAAGUGCAUCGCAUCUGCUUACUACAGAGGGGCGGAAAUAAUUAUCACAGUUUUCGAUUUGGCUGACAUCCAGACUUUGGAUCACACCAAACAGUGGCUGGAGGAUGCCCUGCAGGAGAAUCACCCCGGCUCCAGCUCUGUGUUUCUGGUGGGAACCAAGAAGGACCUGCUGUCCGAUGCUGAGAGAGAGCGGACAGAGCGGGACGCGGUCCGUCUGGCCAACGAGAUGCAGGCGGAGUAUUGGUCUGUCUCGGCCAAAACAGGGGAAAAUGUCAAGGACUUUUUUUCCCGGGUAGCUGCCUUGGCCUUUGAGAAGUCUGUGCUGAUGGAGCUGGAGAAAAGCUGCAACCGCACAGUGCCGAUUGGCACAGGAGACUUCAUCAGGAUAGAAGAAAACGGGGCGUCUUCAAAAGGUCCCCGUCCAUCCCACCCGAGCUGCUGCUAGUAGACGACUGUCAGCAGGAUCUUCUGGUGGACACGCUGCAGUUUGCAUCCGUCCCUGUUUGAAAAGGAGGAAAUAGCUGAAUCUCGGAGGACGACAAGAAGUGACGCCAAGCCAGUCCCCACCUCAGCCGCUCCCAAGGCCCUGCCGAGCUUUGGAGGCUCACAUAGAAGGAAGGAUCUACCUUCUUCUAGAAAGGGGUAUGACCUGCCCAGCCCAGC